AUGAGUAGCCACCGCAAAAACUUCCGCCGCCGCGCGGACGACGAAGAGGACGCUAACGGAGACGGCGGCAGCCACUCCAAGCCCGCCACCAAGACCCAAACCCUAACGGUGCCCAAGCCCAAGUCGCCGCCGAGGCACCAGGGGGCGAGCCGCCUCAGCUUCGCCGACGAUGAGGACGAUGAUGACGCCGAGGAGGGCCCGUUCGCGCAUCGCCGCCGCCCUACGGCCUCCGUGUACCCGGCCCGCACGGCGUCCCCUGCUGCGGCGUCGCUCCAUCGCCUCACGCCCGCCAGGGAGCGGCACAGGAGCUCGCCGGCGGCUGCUAUUGCUGCGGUGUCGGCGCCCAAGCCCUCCAACUUCCAGUCUCAUGCUGGGGAGUAUACUCCAGAGCUCCUGCACGAGCUCCAAAAGAACGCCCGCCCACUCCCCGGCAGCCUCAUGCGUGCACCACCGCCGACUCCGGCACCUGAGCCCUGGUCUCAGAGGUUGGCUGGAGCCCCUGCCAGUUCCACUCCUACUACCUCCACGGCAGCUGCAACAGAACCAGUGGUUAUUCUCAAAGGCCUGGUCAAACCUAUGGCAGAGGCAAGCAUUGGGCCAAGAAAACCCUUGCAGAAGGAGGACGAAGAUAAGUCUGAGGAAGAGGAGGGAGGAGAUGAAGAGGACGAAGGGCCAGUGAUACCUGACCGUGCGACUAUUGAAGCCAUCAGGGCGAAGCGGCAGCAAAUGCAGCAGCCAAGGCACGCAGCUCCAGGUUACAUCUCCCUUGAUGGUGGUGGUGUGCUCAGCAGCAAGAAUGCUAGCGGUGAGUCCAGUGAUGAGGAUGACAACGAGACAGGGGGUCGGAUUGCAAUGUACACUGACAAGUCAACUGACAGCCUGAGGAGCACAAAAGGUGUGUUUGGUGGGAUCAACAACAGGGGUCCUGCUGCCAGUUUGGGUGCUCUCAGUGAUGGGAUCAGCGAGGUUGAGGAUAAUAUGGAUGAUGAUGACGAUGAGGAAGAGAGGAGGUGGGAGGAGGAGCAAUUCAGGAAGGGGCUUGGUAGGAGGGUGGAUGAUGCUUCUGCUCAAAGAACAGCAAAUGGUGCACCAGCUUCUGCUCAGGUUCAGCCGCAGGCAUUUGGAUACUCUGUGGGUUCCCAUCACCAGCACUCUCUUAGUGGUGCUGUACCUGCAGCAUCUGUUUUUGCCUCAGGAAGCGUGGAAUUCUUGUCCAUUGCUCAGCAAGCUGAUGUUGCAAAUAAAGCCCUGCAAGAGAACAUCCGGAAGCUUAGGGAGACUCACAAGACAACAGUGAGCGCUUUAGUAAAAACCGAAACACAUCUUAAUGAAGCUCUUUCGGAAAUAUCUAGCCUGGACAGUGCUUUGAAGGAUGCAGAAAAGAAGUUUGUGUAUAUGCAGGAGCUCCGCCACUAUAUUUCAGUGAUGUGUGAUUUCUCCGAGGAACUCACAAAGAAAUAA